UGUAUCGCCCUUCCUUUCACCUUCUCCCCCUUCUCCAUGCCCCCACCACCGCUCACCUUUGUGCCCCAGCACUGGCAGCACCCAGCCUCACCCCGGGGUGCCGUGGCCGGCUUGCUGCGCCUCGCAGGAGCCGACGUUUUCCUUUUUGUCUCCCUCGUUUCCUUGGUUUCAAGGUUUUUCUUCCUCAUCGAGCCCCUAAUUAACAAAAAAAACAACAGGGAGGAUUCCCAGAUUCAGGGUGCUGCUGGGCUGGGAAGGGGGAUCACAGGUGCCCCAGCCUGGUUCUCCCUCCCUGACCCAACCGUUUUGCCCCAGUUCCUUGGUUUUGCCCCAAAUUUUUACAAUCUCGUUCCCCCUGAGCUGGAUCUCUAUACCAGAGCUGCCCAGACCCCAAACCAAGCCACAUCCACCCCACACAGCGUCACCCAACCCCAGCCCCAUUGUGCUUGGGUGCGAGUCCCCUCCCCUGCAACGUCCCCGGCUUCCCUCUGCGUCUGUUCCCAUCAGGAUUUGGAGAUAAGCUCCAAAAUCAAGGCAGUGUUUUUGCCCCUCUGCCUUAUCAGCCAGCAUCCCCCAGCGGGGUGGCACGGGAAGGGGAACAGAGACCCCAAAUCUCUUGGACUCCCCUUCCCCACGUGCAGAGCAGCCCCACAGCCCGUGGCGAGGCUCCAGAAGGCAGUGGAGAUUUUGGGAAUCCAGCUGUGCACCGAGCAGCCCCUGCCCGGGGACGGCAGCGUGCGGCACCCGCGGGUGUGGGCACAGCCCAGGGACCUCGGCACACCGGGGUUUCAUUCCUGGUUCUGCUGCUGGACCCCUGAGCAUCCCCAGGGGACAGCAGGAGCAGCCCCUGAGCACACAGUGAAGCCCCCCGCUGCUUUGAGCCCCCUGCCCACGAGGUGCUGGUUGUCCCGUGCUGGGUUUUAUGGCACAGAGCACCCAGGAUCCAGCCCAGCUGCAGGAGGCUUUCACCCCCCUGCUGCUUCCCCCGGGGCAGGACUGGGAGAUGUCCCCCCAAAAAUCCUUGGGGGCCUUGCAGGAGGGCAGAGGUGCAAGCGGGACCUGGGACGAGGGGCAGCGGGGGCAAUUUUAGCCCCCGAAGUGCCUCCGGUGUGGACCAGAUGUUGAGAAGAGCUCGGCUCCCGGCCACCCCCGCUGCAAGCCCCGUUGCCAGAUCAUGCGAAGAAUCCCGGCCCCGAAGCAGAGCCAAGACACCCAGCUCCUGGGGGAGCCAGACCUGGCCAGCUAGAGGCAGGCAGCGGUGGUUUUGGGGACAAACGUGUCACCCUGCAGCUGCUGGCUCCUCUCGCCUCCUCCCCGCAGCCCUGGAGGCAGAGCCCGUUCCCAGGACGAGGCUUUUUCCCCCUCGCCCCCUUUCCCCAAACGACGUCCCCAAAACGCACCGAGCCCGCCGAGCGCUCGCCUGUGGACGGCGGAGAUCUGGCUGAUCGCACGGGCUUGGCUUUCCUCCUCGUUUCCAGCUGCUAAAUUGCAUUAUAGGCCGUUAAAAACACGGCGCAUACUUUCCUAAUGUGGCUUUUCCGUGGUACGCGAGCGAGCGCGGCCGCCACCGGGAUGCUGGGCGAUGGCGAGCUGGGGUGGGGGGAGUCACGGGGAGACCUGAGCCCCAAAUUGGACCCCAAAAGAAGAGAAUUGUGUGGUCCCGUGGGGGCAGCAGGCUGCCCUGCCCCGUGCCUCAGUUUCCCCAGCGGUGGGAGUUUUGGUGGUGCUGCCUCUGCGAUGAGCUCUGGCAGCAAGCAGGACGCGCGUGCGGCACCUCGGUGUUCUUUAGGGGGGGGGAUUUACAGGAAAAGGGGCUUUUGCUCAAAAAUCGGGGCUUGAUAGAAGUCCAAAACCGAGCUAGAAGUGCUCUGGUAACGGUGUUAUGGCACAAAAAAAUGAUUUCUGGGCACGAUUGGAUGUGCCACACGGCACCCCAAAUGGAGACCGCGUCCAGUCCGAGGCAGCAGCAGUGCCGCGAGCUCAGAGCCAUCUCCCCACAGCACCGAUGUCCCCGUGGGCCUGUGGCUACAAAACCACCUCCUUUGGCUCGCUGCAGCACUGCGAGGAGCAACCCAAGUCCCUGAGCGGGUUCCUUCGGGGUUGGGGACAUCCCAGUGAGAAUUUGACCACGUUUGGAGCUGGGGCACAGGCGCCGUGCCCGAGCAGGGGGUUGGGGAGCUCUGCCACCCCCCCAGGGCUCCCAAACGCCUUCUCCCUUGCCGAGGAUUGGGCAUGGAUGUGACAAAGGUGCUGCAGAAACUGUCACACCUCCUCGGACCUGCAGCAUCACGAUGCUGAGGGCUGCGGGCACCCUCCUGGGGUACCCAGCCCAGCUCCGUUCGGUGCCGGUGGCGCAGGGAGCUGCGCACCCAUGGGUGCCAGGGUGAAGGUGCCGGGGUGAAGGUGCCAGGGCAGCCCUCAGCUCCUGGCACGGGGCUUGAGGCUGCUUCCAGCCCACUGCAACCCCUGCAGGCACCUCCAGCACCUCCAGAGGAGCCAGGAGAGCCCCCCAGGCAGCACCCAGCACCCAGGCAGAGCGAGAAGGGGAGAGCCGCGAGAGGGCGAGGAAGGAGUUAAAGCCCGGCGCAGGCAGCCCCCACCCUCUCCCUUCUCUGCUAACUUUGGGAGGAAGGGAAUAGCAUAAAGCUCAAAUAUAAUCUCAGUGUGAAAGAGGAGACCUAAAAAAAAAUAAAAAUAAGUUAAGCACCCUCCAAGCACAAUGAAACCAAAACCUUUCUGCCCAAAGCAGACCUGAAACAAACCUUCAUGCUGGUUUGGGGUACUUUGUGGGUCCUUUGUGAGAAAGUCCCUCAUAAAGCCCAGCUCUGGGUUGCCCUGGCCCAGCUCCCACACCAGACACGACCCCUUUGGGCACCAACCAUCGCUCCCCAUUUGUUUUCCCAGCAACGUGGUUCACCAUCCAUGGACCAGACCCGUUGGACUCUCGUCUCCAAGAGCAAGGAACGCUUGGGUUCACCUUGCUCACCUCCGAGCCUGCCCUGAGCAUCCCCCGGAGGAUCCUCACCCGACCUCCAACCCGUGGUUUUGGAGGAAAAAAAGCCUCCUUCCUCCUCCGUAACUCAACAUCAUGGCAGAAAACUGUUUUUACGCUGGAGGAACCUCCUGUGGUGUGGAUGUCUCUUCCCAGCCCAACCCAAGCUUCUUGCCACCACCCAGCUCCCAUUUUCCAACCCUCCUACCCAGAGGAGGUGACGUUACGGCGAGCACCAUGGGGACGCUUUGUGGGGAGGGGGCUACACAAAGAGGUGCUGGGCUGCGUUUCCAGCCGCCCACCCCUCGUUGCAGAAGGAAGCAGCGGCAGGGCCGUGCCCUCCGACCCGAGGCAGAGAAGUGAAACCCCAGCGAAGUAGCAAACAAGUCGAGGUGUAAACACGGCACGGCUCCGCGGCGCUGCACCGCGGCUCGUUAUCUCCGGUUAGACUGGAGACGGUAGAGCCGGGUUUGAGAAGAGGCAGAAAUCUCAGCAAUUAAAGAUAUGUCGUGUCAAAAAAACUCUAAACUGA